AUGCCUAGGAAGGAGAGGAAAGGACCAGAUCUGCAUCGUGGUGGACACGAUCAUGUUAUGAAUCAUCAGUAUAGGCCAGUGAUGCACGAUGCACCCCAUGGUGAUUAUAUUGACCACCCCUAUCAUAGAGAUCAUAGCAACUUGGGACCAGAAGGUCACAAGAAGCAUGGGAAAGGUCAUAAGGAGAUCACAAUAUGCAGCAGCAUGAGCGUGGGAGGCAAGCUCAGGGCAAGCAUCAUCACAAUCAUGGUCAUGCUCAUCAUCAUCCACAUGAAGGUCAUCAUCAUGGGAAAAACCAUCAUUACCAUCACCGCCCGAACGAUCACAGAAAAGAUGAGUGGGAGACUCUUUGAGGAGGCGUCCAUGAAAAUGAGCUCAGUGCCAAAGAAGCACUUUAUGAGUGAACAGAGCGAUGCGGAACAGCUUUCAUCUGAGGAGAGGAAGACAAUAGGCAAUAGGAAGAUCAGAAGGCAGAGGUCUCAGGAACAGCAAAGGAGGGACAAGGCAGUUCGAAAACAGAUAAAUAAUCAGUCGCCAACUGGUCAGUCCACUAGGGAGUCAUUCCAGGUCUUCCAUCCCUUCGACAAGCAGUUCCCAUCUUACAUGGGACAGGAGGACUCCAAACGAGUGUCGACCUACAGUCCAUGGGAUCCCGACUUCGUGGGCCACGCGGCUCAUAGACCUUGGCUCGGUAAUGAUGAUGAGGAGGAGGAGAGAAGCAAUAGGAAGGUUGUUAUUAUCCUGUCUCUCCGUGGAGUGAGGAAUGGUCAUUAA